UCAGCUAGCUAGCUGCAUAUAUUUCUCUUUCUAUCAAGUACAGAGACCUGAGCAAACCCUCCAAGUCAUCCUAGCUUCUUAGUUCAGGCUUUCUUCUUGACGUGAGUUUCAGGAAGUCGAUCGGUACACAAAAUGGAAACUUUAGGAGUCUCAGCACCUUCAUUUACACAAAAUGAGAGACCUAAGGAAACUUAUGCAGCACCCUCAUCUUCUAAAAAAAGAAAGCCAUCUGAGGUCUGGAACCACUUCAGAAAGGUUCCAAUAGGCGAGAAGGUCAAGGCCGUGUGUAAAGGUUGUGAAAAGGAAUUCGAUGGGUCCAGCAAAAAUGGGACUACACACCUGAAGAAUCACUUGUCAAGCUGUCUAGGUAUGACAGAUGGAGAAACACACAAAAAGAUGAUGAGUACUCGUCUUGAAACAGCCGGCGUUGGUGGGGAUUUUGGGUUUGAUAAUGAAAGGAGUCGCUUGGAUGUGGCAAGAAUGAUAAUUAAGCAUGGAUAUCCAUUAGAUAUGGUUAAACACGAGUUUUUUCAAAUUUUCGUGAAGAAUUUACAGCCUAGUUUCAAAUUUUGGCCACAAGACAACUUAAAGGCUGACAUUCUUUAUGUCUACAAAAAAGAGAAGGAGAAACUCUACAAGUAUCUUGGUACACUUUCUUGUCAUUUCAAUUUAAUAAUUCAGUUUUGGACAUGCCAUAGUAAGAAAAAUGUGUAUUGCUGCUUUGCCCUACAAUUUCUUGAAGAUGGUAUAUUGAGGAAAAAGAUUAUUGCCUUGAAAAAAGUAGAUCAAUACAAUGAUAUUGCAGCGGAAACUUUGUUUGGAACAGCAAGUUUGCUUCAGGAGUGGAACAUUGACAAGAAAUUGUACUCUAUUACUUUAAGAAGUUCUCGCCCAAAUGAUAAAAUGGUUCCAAAAUUGGAAACCUGGCUUUGCAAGCGAGCUUGCCAGCUACCUUUACGCGAAAAUUUCUUCCACAUCCAUUGCACUACAGAUAUUUUAAACCUUCUUUUUCAGAAUGGAUGGAAAGAGAUGGAUGGGAUACUUGGUAAGAUAAGGAACGCUGCAAGAUAUAUUGAUGAAAAAGGACCACAUUCGGAAUUGAAUUUUGAUCAGAUUCUAGAGCAACGCCAUUUUCAAGGCAAGUACUAUAGUGUUUCUUUAAGAUGGGAUUCCGCCAUACUCAUGCUUGAAGAAGCCCUAAAUUGGAAAAAUCUAAUUUCUCUUCAGAAAACAAAAGAUCGUGACUUGGUGGCCCCAUCUAUGGAUGAAUGGGAUGCGGCGAGAGUCGUAUACGAAUUUUUGAAACUACUAUAUGAUAAUUCAUGUCAUUUUUUAAGAUGCAAAUGUCUUACUGCAAAUAUGUACUUUUCUCGGAUUUGUGGCAUUCACUUCAAACUACUUGAAUUGGAAAAAAGUAAAGACCAAAAUAUUUGCAUAAUGGUGACUAAAAUGAAAAUACCAUUUGACAAGUAUUUGGGGAAGUGUAGAACGGUUUUGGCAAUUGCAAGCAUUCUUGACCCAAGGGAAAAACGUGAAUACGUGACAGACGCAUUCAGGAAAUGCUAUGGUAUGGAAGUUCAGAAACACUUGGCAUGUAUUAUGAAUGCUUUAAAUGAUAUUUUUGACUACUAUGAAAAGGAACUUGGCAAGCAGACAUUAUCCUCUUCUGUCGCUACUAAUAAUUGUAAUAGCUUCACCUCAUAUCGUGAUGUUAGCCAUUACGAUAAGCUAAAUUGGUCUUGGAGGGAGGAAAAAUACUGUGGUAACAAAGUUGCCUCAAGAAAGGAACUCGAUCGAUAUUUAACAGAGCCUCGUAUUGAUGUAAAUGAUGAGUUUGACAUCUUGGAUUGGUGGCAUUCCAAUAGUCAAGAAUUUCCAACUCUCAAGAAGAUGGCACUUGACAUCUUGGGAAUACCAAUGUCAACGGAUUUUGAUUUCGGAAUUGGAGAUAUGACGAAAAUCAUUGAUCCAGCCUUUAAUGGCCUCCAUAGUGAUAUCAUAGAGGCUUUGAUAUGUGGAAAUGACUGGUUGGACAUGUCUACGAAUAAGACACCUAUCAAGGAAAUCGUACACUCCUCUAGUUACACUCUCAAUGGAAAACCUAUAGAUCAUGAUUAUACUUCAAUGGCUAUGGGUGGACCUUCUUUAAGCACCGGGGAGCUUGAUCAAGGCAGACCGGAUUCCUCUCGUACCAAAAUGGAUCUCACGCUUGGAUUUGGGCAGCAGCACGGCACGCAGACUCAUGGCACUCCAAUUUCGAGAUUCCAAGUACCAGUCUCCCAAGAGUCUCUCUCUCAGCCCCUCCCUCGUGUGCCCACAACGGCCAACAUUAAUCCCACCAUGACUGUGCCUCAGGAAACUAGACCCAACCUUGGUUUUGAAAUUGGGUCCCAACUCGGCCCGUACCCUCAUCACACUCCAACUAGUCCGCGUUCUCAGACAUUCCAAGGACUAGCCCUCCAAGACUCUCAGCCCCUCCCUCGUGUGCCCACAACGGCCAACAUUAAUCCCACCAUGAUCGUGCCUCAGGAAACUGGACCCAACCUUGGUUUUGAAAUUGGGCCCCAGCACGGCCUGUACCCUCAUCGCACUCCAACUAGUCCGCGUUCUCAGACAUUCCAAGGACUAGCCCUCCAAGAGCCUGACUCUCAACCCCUCCCUUGUGUGCCCACAACGGCCAACAUUAAUCCCACCAUGACCGUGCCUCAGGAAACUAGACCCAACAUUGGUUUUGAAAUUGGGCCCCAGCACGGACUAUACCCUCAUCGCACUCCAACUAGUCUGCGUUCUCAGACAUUCCAAGGACUAGCCCUCCAAGAGCCUAACUCUCAGCCCCCCACAGACUGCAUGCUCGGAACGGCCAACAAUAAUUCCACCACGACCGAGGGUACAGGUCGUGAUACAAUAAUAUCAUGCGACCCACGCAAUAGUUGGAGUGCGAUGAGGGUACAGGCUGUGGAAACAGUCGGAUCCGAAGCAGUUCCACUGGAUCUUCUUAAUAGUUGGUCAUGA